AUGCUAGGCAGAUCGGGGUUCAAUAGUCUGCGGGGGCUGCGUGAAACCCUUUUAAUCGGUGUCAGAUACAGGUCGAGCGGGCCCGUGUCUUUCUCUAGCAUUACAGACUCGAUUAGCAGCGAAAAGGACAUAUCCAACCUGGUCACACCGUCCAGCGCGGCCGUUGGCAACUCAAAACGAGGUGGAAAGCUUAGGCCGCAGUUAGUCCCGGUGAAAUAUGUGCUGAACUGCCUGUUUGCCAAGAACAACACUCAUUUCACAUUCUCUGCAGUGGUAGAGGAUGUCAACUAUCUCAGGAAUAACCCAGAUAUAUCCUACAACGAGGCGUUUUUGUACUAUCUGAAACUUCCCCAGAAAGUAAAGUUUGCCCUGUCCACGGGUGUGCUGGGGUUCCGUAAGGCAGCCCGUGGAGAGUACGAGGCUGCUUUCCAGACUUCAGCCAAGGUGUUCCAGAUGAUCCAAGACAAGAAACUGAUGAACAAGGACAUAGAGAUCGUCAUGAGGGAGUUCGGCAAGGGCAGAGCUGCGUUUGUGGCCGCCUUGAACGGUAAGGAGGGUGCGGCAAUCAGGUCUCACGUCACUAGAAUAAGCGACAAGACGCCAUUGAAAUUCGGUGGUGUGCGGGCCCCAAGAGUGCGCAGGCUGUGA